UUGAGUUAAAAGUGUUUUGGUUUCACGAGGAAAGGUGACCCUUGGAAGCACCCAAGGGUCUAUUGAUUCGAGGAAGAUCACCUCUGACCUCUUGCUUACUUGUAAGGUCCUCCUUCACCCGUCCUACAAAAAUGUGACACUCUUCUCUUAAACCGCCACAACACAUGUACACGUUCCUUCUUCUUCUUCCAAUAAUGUCUUCUUCAUUCUCUGUUCGUUUUCUUGCUCCUCUUCCUCCAUCAUCAUCAUCAUGCUUCCCCACCAGCUCUCUGCCGAAGACAUGGCUCUGCGCCGCCGCCACCCCAACGGUGGCUCCGUCAACCACCACCUCCUCCUCGGAGGUGGAGGCUUCCAGGUUGGAGCCUAGAGUGGAGGAGAGAGAUGGGUUCUGGGUUUUAAAGGAAGAGUACAGGGGAGGCAUCAGCCCUCAGGAGAAAGUGAAGCUUGAGAAAGAUCCCAUGAAGCUUUUCAUGGAAGGUGGGAUUGAGGAAUUGGCUAAGAUGUCCCUUGAAGAAAUUGAGAGCUCCAAGCACACCAAGGAUGAUAUUGAUGUUAGACUCAAGUGGCUUGGCCUUUUUCAUAGGAGAAAGCAGCAUCAUGGUAGAUUUAUGAUGAGGCUGAAGCUUCCAAAUGGGGUGACAACAAGUGCCCAAACACGAUACUUGGCUAGUGUGAUAAGGAAAUACGGAAAAGAUGGGUGUGCUGAUGUAACAACGAGGCAGAAUUGGCAAAUUCGUGGUGUGGUGCUACCUGAUGUGCCAGAAAUUCUAAAGGGCCUCGACGAGGUUGGAUUGACUAGUCUUCAGAGUGGAAUGGACAAUGUGAGAAAUCCUGUUGGUAACCCUCUUGCAGGCAUUGACCCUGAUGAGAUUGUUGACACUCGACCAUACAACAACUUGUUAUCUCAAUUCAUCACUGCCAAUUCACGUGGCAACCCCGCCAUGUCAAACUUGCCUAGGAAGUGGAAUGUGUGUGUGGUUGGAUCCCAUGAUCUGUUUGAGCAUCCACACAUCAAUGAUCUGGCUUACAUGCCUGCAAACAAGGAUGGUCGUUUUGGAUUCAACUUACUUGUUGGUGGUUUCUUCAGUGCCAAGAGAUGUGCUGAAGCAAUUCCACUUGAUGCAUGGGUCUCCGCAGAUGAUGUAAUCCCACUUUGUAAAGCUGUCCUUGAGGCCUAUAGGGACCUUGGCUUCAGAGGGAACAGACAGAAAACAAGAAUGAUGUGGUUGAUUGACGAAUUGGGGAUAGAAGUAUUCAGGUCAGAGGUGGAGAAAAGAAUGCCAGGGAAGAAGCUGGAGAGAGCAUCUAAGGAAGAACUGGUUAAGAAACAAUGGGAAAGAAGAGACUACUUAGGUGUUCAUCCACAGAAACAAGAGGGCCUAAGCUAUGUUGGGAUUCACAUUCCAGUUGGUAGAGUCCAAGCAGAUGACAUGGAUGAGUUGGCUCGUUUAGCCGACGAAUACGCCACCGGUGAGCUCAGGCUCACAGUGGAGCAGAACAUUAUAAUCCCAAAUGUGGACAAUAACAAAAUUGAUGGCUUGCUCAAUGAGCCUCUCUUGAAGGGGAGAUUCUCACCCGAACCUUCUCUAUUGAUGAAGACUCUGGUGGCAUGCACUGGUAAUCAAUUUUGUGGACAAGCUAUAAUUGAGACAAAGGAAAGGGCAUUGAAAGUGACUGAGGAAGUGGAGAGGCAAGUGGCUGUGACUAGGCCUGUGAGAAUGCAUUGGACUGGCUGCCCUAACACUUGUGGACAGGUUCAAGUUGCUGACAUUGGUUUCAUGGGGUGCAUGGCUAGGGAUGACAAUGGUAAGGCCACUGAAGGUGUGGAUAUUUUCCUUGGAGGGAGAAUUGGAAGUGAUUCACAUCUGGCUCAAGUGUAUAAGAAGGGUGUGCCUUGCAAGGACUUGGUGCCUGUUGUGGUAGACAUACUAGUAAAACACUUUGGAGCUGUCCUAAGGAAUAGAGAGGAAGGGGAAGAUUAAGUGCAUGUUUGGAUAGUUAUUACAAACAGACAUUUGCAUCAAAAUGAGUUUUGCAAAAGGAUCCUCACCCUUUCUUUUGCAAAAUGAGUUUUGAAGAUCAUUGAUUUGAUCUCGGAAUUUGUGCAUAAGUUGAAUUAAAAACCAAAUAUGCAUUAAAUUUUAAUGGCCAUUGGUAAUUUUAGUUUCUUUAUUAAAUCCACCAUUGUCCCUUGGACAAAAUUAUUAGUGUCCUCUACAUAGAAGAAGGGAUGAUAUAUGCAUGUACACUUUUGGUUUAGACGUGUUCAUUCUUUGCUAGUCCCUAAUUUACACUUUAUUUCUUUAAA